AUGUCAACGAUUUGGAAAGUGUUAACGAGGAAAAAAGAAAUCGAUACUGAAUCUGUAGAAGAAACAAGACUAUCCAGAGUUUUGGGCACUUUUGAUUUAACAGCCUUAGGUGUAGGCAGUACUUUGGGUGUUGGCAUAUAUGUUUUGGCAGGAAAAGUUGCUGUCACUGCUGGCCCCUCAGUUAUUCUGUCCUUUUUGAUAGCUGCUAUAGCAUCUGUUUUUGCAGGCCUUUGCUAUGCAGAAUUUGGAGCCAGAACUCCAAAGACAGGAUCAGCGUAUGUCUAUACCUACGUCUGUGUCGGAGAAUUUGUGGCGUUUGUCAUAGGAUGGAAUCUUAUAUUGGAAUAUGUCAUUGGUUCAGCAAGCGUAGCAAGAGGCCUGUGUUCAUAUUUGGACACGUUAUUGAACAAUACGCUCGAGAACACCUUUAAGGAAAUCGCACCCAUUCAUGUUUCUUUUAUGUCAGAGUAUUUCGAUUUUCUGGCUUUCGGAAUAUCAAUUCUUUUAGCGAUUGCACUAGCGUUUGGUUUGAAGGAAAGCAGCUUGGCUAAUAAUAUUUUUACAUCAUUAAACAUAGGAAUCGUACUGUUUGUGAUAAUAGCUGGAGCAACCAAAGCUGAUUUUAAAAACUGGAACAUACAACCGAACAACUCCACGAACGCAACAAUUAUCGGCGAGGGCGGCUUCUUUCCUUUUGGUCUGGAGGGAACUAUCGCUGGAGCCGCCACUUGUUUCUACGGAUUCAUAGGAUUCGAUUGCAUCGCCACCACCGGGGAAGAGGUCAGGAAUCCUAGAAAAGCUAUUCCCAUCGCGAUCAUAGUUUCACUUGGCAUCGUAUUCUUGGCGUAUUUCGGUAUUUCGACGGUACUUACGUUGAUGGUACCCUAUUAUUUGCAAGACACUAGGGCAUCGAUACCAUAUGCUUUCGAACAAAUUGGCUGGGGUUGGGCCAAAUGGGUGGUCGCCGUUGGAGGAACCUGCGGUUUAUUGGCCAGCUUAUUUGGAGCGAUGUUUCCUCUACCCAGGAUCAUUUACGCCAUGGCUGCAGACGGACUGGUGUUCAGAUUCCUGGGAAAGGUCAAUCCUCGGUUCCAAACACCCGUCGUCGGGACGAUCCUAGCAGGUCUACUAACAGGUUUGAUGGGAGCCUUAUUCGAUCUCGCGCAACUCGUCAAUAUGAUGUCUAUUGGUACUCUAAUGGCUUAUACCGUAGUAGCUGCUAGUGUAUUACUUUUGAGAUACAGCGAUUCAGACCAGUUGACUCCUGAAAGGACCAAUACACAUUACAUAGCACAAUUUUUAAACUGUGGACGACAUUCUGAACCUACUAAGAAGUCACAAAAUAUUGUGACUUUCAACGUUCUUCUUUAUUGUGUAACAUGCAUCCUUAUUGGUCUCAGUGCAAUAUAUUUAAAGGAUCCUAUAUCAGAGGGCCAAACGUGGGCCAUUGCCUUGGCGUCUACAGCUAUUGGUAUAGCUUGUAUCUUGAUCAUGUCGAUAGCUACACAGCCCGUUUCCAGACAGGAACUUAGUUUUAAAGUGCCAAUGGUUCCUCUUGUACCUGCUCUUAGUAUUUUGGUCAACAUUUACUUAAUGUUAAACUUAGACACAGAAACUUGGAUACGUUUCGCCGUUUGGAUGGCCGUAGGCCUACCCACUUACUAUUUUUCUGUCAAAUCUUACGAAGUGAAAGAGACAAAAAUCAAAUCUAAUGAGCUUCGUGCAAAUGGAACCUCAAAUGGAGGAGAACAUUACUACGAUAACGUUGCAUUUGUGGAGGAACUAACGGCGAAUACGGAGACGAUACCCAAAAAGAAAAAAGCUCCCGUUGUACCUACAGUUGUUGAAGAUAAAAUCGAAGAUAAAAUCAUCGGAGAACUAGAUGAAAUGCUAGACGAAGUUGCGAAAGAUCUCGAAUUUGAUCGGAAAUCAUCAGUUGGUAGUGUGUCUGUGUCCAUGUCACGCGAAGAAAAUGUUGUUGCAGAUGUUCAUUGUGAUAACGUCCUUAACCCCGCUAUUUCCAUCCCUCCAGAUCCAACGCUAGAGCGCCCAACUACCCUUGCACUAAAAACCAUCGCUAAAGACGAUUUAGAAUCUGCGGAAUUACAAAAGAAUGCUGUAGAAUUAAGAAGAUCUAGUUCUGUGGAUUCUCCAGCUCCUCCUGAUACUCCUGUGUCUUUCAAGUCGGCAGUUGGGGAUUCAGAUGAUGACCCGACUGCUAGUCCGGAACAAAUCUCUCCAACACCUACUCCACCGCCUUCAGCGAAUGUCUCUCCUCUUCCUACUCCUAAAUUAGUGGAAACAUUUACAGUUCCUCCACCACCACCAAUCCCUAUGCCAGAAAUCUUACAAGAAAGCAAGAAUAAUACAGAGCAGGAAGCAUUGCCGAUGAAUAAUACAGAGCAAGAAGCAUUGCCGAAGGAUAAAGAGGAAAAAGAGAACAAACAUAAGUCUACCCUACCGAGAAUUACUUCAAACGACAUUAAACGCAUCACAUUAAAGUCUACGGCGAAAAAAAGGGUAGAAAUAGAAGACCAGUAUAAGGCAGACGAACCAGACGAUGAUAACCUUAAAGUGGGAUCCGACAAGGCUAAAACGUUUAAAGAAAAACUUUCGAACAAACUAGCAGCAGUGCCAUUAACGCCGUUCUAUAUGAUGCCUAGGAAAAAACACCCUGCUCCUCCUCCCCCUCAAGAGCACAAAAAGAACGAGAAUGUUCUGGAGGAAAGCAUCAACAAGGAACAAGCAAAAGAAAAACUUGGUCUCUUUGUUACAUCUAGAUUGAGCUGGUUAGAACCAGAAGGAUCACCAGCAAGUGCACCAGCUAGUCCUAACGUGGAAAUCGAUUUACCAUCUACUCCUAGCAUUGAGAUCCACGCUGAUAGUAACGACGUCGAUGAGCCAAUAGUGGAAGCUGUCGAUGAAGACUACAUAGCACAUCAGAACAGAAUGAAGAACGUUUUUAGAAGCUUAAAAGUUGGAGAAUUGACUAAAGAACCGAACAGUUCUGUGCGAAACGUUAAGUCUCUGGAACACAAAAUCGACGACAAAGCCAAGCACAGACAAGCUAUGUCGGAUAUUUUCAAAACCAUCCAGUUAAGGAGGAAAGCAAGUGCCGCACAACAGUCGAAAGUAUAG